AUGAGUUUCUAUGGGUUUUAUGCUGCUGAAAUCUGCAUUGCUCUCAACUUCCUCCACGAGAGAGGCAUUAUCUACAGAGAUUUAAAACUGGAUAAUGUUCUCCUGGAUACAGAGGGCCACAUCAAGCUAACAGAUUACGGCAUGUGUAAGGAAGGAUUGGGCCCCGGCGACACGACGAGCACUUUCUGCGGAACGCCAAAUUACAUCGCUCCGGAGAUUCUCCGAGGAGAAGAAUACGGAUUCAGUGUGGAUUGGUGGGCCCUUGGUGUCCUCAUGUUUGAAAUGAUGGCAGGAAGAUCUCCUUUUGAUAUCAUUACCGACAAUCCAGAUAUGAACACUGAAGAUUACCUCUUCCAAGUUAUCCUUGAAAAACCAAUCCGAAUUCCAAGAUUCCUUUCUGUUAAGGCCUCUCAUGUUUUGAAAGGAUUUUUAAAUAAGGAUCCCAAAGAGAGACUCGGAUGCCAAGCCCAAACAGGAUUUUCUGAAAUCAAGUCACACACGUUUUUUCGCAGCAUAGACUGGGAUCUGCUGGAAAAGAAGCAGGCCACCCCACCAUUUCAGCCUCAGAUCACGGAUGAUUAUGGCUUGGAUAACUUUGAUACCCAGUUCACCAGUGAACCUGUGCAGUUAACUCCAGAUGAUGAGGAUGUAAUAAAAAGAAUAGACCAGUCGGAGUUUGAAGGAUUUGAAUAUAUUAACCCAUUGAUGCUAUCGACCGAGGAAACGGUAUGAGAAAGAGGCACAGAGAGAACAAAAUAAUAAUAAUAAUAAUAAUGAAUGCACUUGGACAUUUAAUCCUGAACUACAGUAUAUGCAUGCAAGGCUGGGGCGGGGCCACCUUAAGGUUUUGAAUGGAGACCAAAUGAUAAGACGGCCGCUGAGAAAAACCAAGAUCACGUGAUUCGGGGGGGCGGCUUCCUGUUUCUUUUUUGUUUCUUUUUUUUUUUAAGUCCGGGGGAAACUGGCGGAGCUAGCUUCAUGGAUUCUGCACUCCGUGCCUGCUUCAACAAGGGGUUCAAUGAUGGUUUGUUGCAUCCUUGGGGAAGAGAUUCCAGAUCACGUUGAAAGUAGACCAACUUCUAACGGACCUUUUUCCAUGCAACAGCCUCCUAUAAAACAGUCAAACAUCCAGAAUACAAUUGCUUGUGGUGUUGAAGCUUAACUUUAGAUGCCUUUUCUCACAAGUGGUACCUAUCCUAUGUGUCUCAGUGUGUGCGUGGGUCUGUAUGUGUGUGUGUACAUUCACAUCUGGGUAGGCACACAUGUAUGCGCACACUUGCUAAAUAAAUAGAAAUGGGGUUGUGUUUUAUUAGCAACGUUAACAAAUUUGGGUACAGUAUUUUAAGUGCCUAAAUGGAUAAUCUACAUUAAAUUAUUCCAUUUUUGGAACAUUUGAGGAACCCUGUGAAGUUUCUGGUUAUUGAAAAGAAAAGAAAAAAGUAUUUUACACAUGGAACCUACAACUAACAGCUGCUAUCUAAUAUUAAUCAUGGUCUCAGAAUGGACAGGAAUCUUAGCAAUAACAAUUCCAAAAAUUACAAUUUAGCAUCUUAAAACAUUCUGGAUUAUGCUGAACGUGGGAGAAAUAUAUAUAAAUAUAUAUAUAUACUACCAAAAUCUCAUCAGAAAAUUUAAAUUUGCACAUGGUGGAUUUAUGAAAAUAUUUGAGCAGUGCCUACAAUGAUUUAUGUUGUAUACUAGAUUUUUGAAUAAUAUUUUUAUCAAUGCAAUAUUCAAAAGGAACAAUGGAAAUGUAAUAGAUCUUAGCCUUAAAAAAAUUUUUGGAAAAAAAAUAAAGAAUUCUAGGAUAUCCAUCAACAUACAUAUUUUUCUGAUAAAGCACACCUCCUACUUAAAAACAACUGCUUUGAAAUGUUUAGUUCUCCCAGGGGUUGUCAUGGUAAAUGAAACACUAACAAAAAAGUAACUCAGUGAUGGGAAAGGCGACCACAGAUUUUAAAAAAAAUAUUACCUGGAUAUAAAAAUGUCCAUUAUUUCCUUUUUGGAGAACUGUGGGGUGUUUCAUCGAGAUAACUGCUUGUCAAUUUUUGGGAUUUAAAGAAAAUUCAGAUUGAACCAGUCCAUUAUUGCUAAUCUAAUACCAUAGCCCUUUCCGAAUAUUGUUGGGUCGAUUGCAGUUUUUGAGAAUAAGGUUAAAAAAAGAAAAUAAAUCAGAUUGACUUUACGGGAUCCAUUAUAAUGACAAGAUAGGGGGUGAAAAAUCCCAUUAACGUCAUGACUUGAUAGAUAUCAAAUAACUCCGUCUAGGAUUUCUCAGGAUAUAUAACAUUGCAUUGGUUGCUGUGCAGGAGACCUUACCUGCAUUUGCAGUCAUAAGAUGCUCGUAGAUUUAAGAUGGGCAAAUCUGGAAGGUGGAUAAAUCUGGCCAAGAACCAUUUCGUUAAAUUUCGUUUUUGGAUUCUCCCCUUAGCUUGGCCGCUAAUUAAAAGCACACACACACACACACACAAUAACAAAAACGCUAGCACUCCCAGGCCGAGUUCUUGGAAUUUCGGCUGUUUUGUUUUCCAGCAAGAUUCUUAAGUCUGUUCUAACCAGCACUUAUCCAGCUAGGACUAUUAUUGUUUUUCCUCCGGUGCUCGGGAUUUAAAUAACCAAGCUACUUUGCUUUUUAAGCAAAGCUUGAAAAUGAGUAUCCUACUUCCCCACUCCUUCUCAGCGACAAAUUCAGUAUUUCCUUCACUGCUCUUCUCUCUCUCCCUCUCUCUCUCUUUCCCCUUCAAUUUACAGCUGAGCAGCUGGUUUUUGUAGGCAUGUGACUGAUCCAAUGCCAUCAGAUUAUGGAGGCAAAAAAAAACGUGAGAAUACUUUUGCUCCGAACUUUGUAUAACUGUCCAAACAUCAAAGCAGGACUAGAUACGCACUUGGUCCCAGGCAUCAUGAAAAAAAAAAACCAAGUCCUUGAUUUAUUUACAAUUUAAGGCAUUUUACAAUGUUGCUGUGUUGCCAAAUAAGUUACUGGUUAAAAAGUCGAUUGCUGCUGCUCGUGUGCAAUGUAUAAUGUUCUGUCCAUGAUGAAGGGGAAAUUUUUUUAUAUAAAGUUCUUGUUUUAUAAAUUAAAAGAAAAAUGAAGGAUGUAAUUAAGUGUGUGGUUUAAAAAAAAAUCCUUAAUAUAUUGCAAAUGGAGCUGGUGACGAUAUCAUUGUCUUAGUAUGUAAAUGAAAUGUAAAUGAAAACACUCUAGCUAAUUUAAUGAUUGUAAAACAGUAAAAUAUGUUCUUGUAGUUUUGUAUAAUUAACUAGUUGAGAUCUUUGGCCAGUUUUAUUUGUGCAAAAAAAAGAUGGUAUCCUAACCAGUUAAAACAGCUAAGAUCAUUUAUAUUCUUGCACAUCUAUUAAAGACUUUAAUGAAAAUA